AUGAAUACCCGCCAAGUCAUCGAUGAAUCCCUCGGGCCAUAUUCGCUUUCAGCAGCCUUCAAUAAUGACAGCAGCUGUUUCUCUGUGGGACUGGACACUGGAUUUUGUGGUAGGUGCGGACAAGCAUCGUACUCAUGCAAUCCUGGUUUCCAUGCAGACUUCAAUGCAGGCAUCGGGGUGGUGGAAAUGCUGGGCCAGUCCAACUACCUGGCUAUUGUUGGCGGAGGACGAAACCCCAAAUUUCCACAGAACAAGCUAGUCAUCUGGGAUGAUGCAAAACAAAAAGCUGCUAUCACCCUCGAGUUCCGCACGUCCGUCCUCGGCGUCCGUCUCUCCAAAUCUCGAAUCGUUGUCGCGCUUCUGAACAGCAUCCAUGUAUUCGCAUUUUCUACGCCGCCUCAGAAGCUGUCGGUCUUUGAGACAUCAGAUAACCCGUUGGGACUAGCCUGCUUGGGACGGAAACUGCUCGCUUUCCCCGGCCGAUCACCAGGACAAGUGCAGGUCAUAGAGCUGGAGACAGGCAAUAUUAGCAUUAUACCUGCUCAUAGCUCACCUCUUCGAGCCAUGGCCUUAAGUCCCGAUGGAGAGAUUCUCGCGACUGCAAGCGAAGCUGGGACCUUGAUCCGCAUAUUCUCUUCGGCCAACUGCACGAAACUGGCAGAGCUACGUCGUGGGGUGGAUCAUGCAAUAAUAUUUUCGCUUUCAUUUUCUCCAUCUAAUACCCUGCUGGCAGUAACAUCCGACAAGUCCACCCUUCAUAUCUUCGACGUACCCCAUCCGCACCAUAUCGCACGGCACCGAAGUCAAUCUCCGGUUUCCGCAACGGAAGAAGGGACAAAUCAAAAAUGGGGCAUUCUGGGUAAACUGCCUUUGCUUCCACGGGUAUUUUCAGACGUGUAUUCUUGUGCCAGUGCACAUUUUGAGAUCGGUGAGGAGGCUGGCCCUGGGUCAUCCUAUCUGCCAUCUGGUUCCCCAGUGGGACGACCUCAGAAAGGUAUCAUCGGCUGGAUGGAUGAUCAGACCAUUUUAGUGAUUGGAUCUGGCAGGGAUGGACGCUGGGAGAAGUUCAUCCUUCGAGAUGGUGACGAGGGAAAGCGAUACUGCAUGCGUGAUGGUUGGAAACGUUAUCUCGGCGGCUGA